AUGAGUCACAUAGUCAGUGCAUCGGCACCUCUUGAUACCUCCAAGUAUCAGAGAGGGUCCUCAAAGCAGCAAAAGAAGGCCAGGUAUACCAAGGACAGGAAGCUUAACGCAGGCUUGAAGAAGGUUGACAGGCAGUACAAGGAUGCGGUCCAAUCUGCCGCCAGCACGGAGCUUCUUUUACAAGAAGAUGCCGGUUACCUUGAAGCCGAAGGCAUGGAAAAGACUUUCAAAUUCAAACAAGAUGAAAUACUGGAAGCAGUUGACGUCAGCACGGCAGCCAAGAAGUUUGAUCUUAAAUUGGAAGAAUUCGGCCCAUACACAAUUGACUACUCAAGGAACGGAAGAGAGUUGUUAAUAGCAGGAAGAAAGGGACAUGUCGCCUCUAUAGACUGGCGAACUGGUGCCUUGGGAUGUGAGCUAAACCUCAAUGAGACUUGCCACGCCAUUAAAUCACUUCAUAAUGAUCAGUACUUUGCGGUCGCUCAGAAGAAAUAUACAUUCAUAUAUGACAAGACUGGUUUGGAACUCCAUCGCUUGAAGCAACAUAUCGAUUCGACAUUGUUAGACUUUUUGCCCUACCAUUUCUUACUUGUUUCUGCCGGUAACACAGGGUUCUUAAAAUAUCACGACGUUUCCACUGGUACCUUAGUCAGUGAAUACAGAACUAAAUUGGGACCCACCCAGGCCAUGAAGCAGAACCCAUGGAAUGCCGUCAUGCAUUUAGGUCACGGUAAUGGUACUGUUUCGCUCUGGUCACCAAACAUGUCGACCCCGUUGGCGAAGAUUCAAAGUUCCCGUGGUCCAGUAAGAGAUUUGGCUAUAGACAGAGAAGGUAGAUACAUGGCUGUUAGUGGUGCUGACAAGCAGUUGAAGAUAUGGGAUUUAAGAAAGUUCAAAGAAAUCGAUACCUACUUCACACCAACCCCGGCUACUUCGCUUGACAUAUCAGAUAAUGGAUUACUUUCCGUGGGUUGGGGUCCCCAUGUCACCGUAUGGAAAGAUGUAUUCAAGUCAAAGCAGAACCUGCCAUACAUGAACCAUUUAUUGCCAGGUUCCAAAAUAGAAAAGAUCAAGUACGUUCCCUUUGAAGAUAUUCUUGGAGUGGGCCAUCAAAAAGGUGUUUCCUCUUUGAUUGUUCCGGGUGCUGGUGAGGCCAAUUACGAUGCCUUAGAAUUGAACCCUUACGAAAGUGCUAAGCAAAGACAAGAGCAAGAAGUUAGAUCCUUGCUUAACAAACUCUCUCCAGACACCAUAUCCAUGGAUCCUAGUGUAAUUGGUACGGUUGAUAAGCGUGCUAGUAGCAUAAGGUUGAAGCCUGGACAAAUCAACCAAGUGACAACUCCAGGAGAAGAUGAAACAGUUCCUGAGAUACGUCCAGACGUCCAAGGUAAAAACUCUAAGCUCAGAAGUCACUUGCGUAAGAAGAAGCAAAACGUCAUAGAUCAAAGAAAAUUACGUAUAGAGAAAAAUUUGAAGAUGGAGAAGGAGAUCAGACAAAAGAGACACCGUGAAUUCAAGGGUAUUCCUGAAGAAAAAGAUCUUUUAGGACCGGCAUUAGCCAGAUUCAAGUAA